AUGGCGCGUUUUGUGGAUUUGGAGGAGGACGAGGAUGUUGGAGCGGGCCCUGGCGGCUUUACCGUCAACGAUCCUCGUGCCGCUUCUACACCUCAUCAUGAGGUCGUGCCGCCCAUUCCGCCUCCUCGUCCUCUUCAUCAUGACGACCCCCAGCAGAGUGAGCUUUCUCAAAAAGAUCAGCAUCUUCUUCUUCUCAGGAAGCUCCAGUUGUUGUCUGCCAACAGCCGGAAUGGACCUUGGCCUCAUUCAUUGUAUAACCCAGAGCCGCUAGGCACCAUGGACUCUUCUACCUUCCAGGCGCCCAUUACCAACGCCUUUCAGUGUUAUCCUGUUGUCGAAGCCAUUGCAGCGUCUAUCGACCUUAAUACACUCGACGCUCUUUCGCGUACCUGUCGACUCGUCCAUCAUGGCCUCAUUCAGUACCGUACUACUCUGAUCAACUCUACCCUCCACUGCCAGAACGAAGAAGUCCCCGUUGAUGGCUCCGAAACCUUUCGCUACCGCGCCCGGGCUGGUAAUUGGUUCUACAUGGAAGAUGGGCGCAGUUACAAUGGCAAAUCAGGCGACUGCGCUCGCGACAUGGUUGGCGAGUGCCGUCGAUGCGGCGAUGUGAUAUGCCGGAACUGCGCCAUCAAGCCACCGGCUUCCGUCGCCCUCAAGGAGAGGCAUAGGAGACUCUGCAAACCUUGUGUUCACGCACCUAUAGCCACUCUUAUCAAGGCCCCUGUAGAUUCAGAUGUACCACUGUCAUCUGAGUUGGUGUCGCGUGACGUUUGUAAGUGCGCCGACGAGGGCGUUUGGCUCUGCCAGCCAUGUGGGCGAAGCAUUCGUGCCGCAGAUCAUGACUAUCAGCGUAUAUGGCGUUGGCGAAACCAAUACGGUGAGGUUCUCGGCGGCCUUGGAACAGGCAUAGGCGAGGGCGUUCGUGGCGUCGUGUGUGGCCGCGAAGCAGAUUGCUGUGCCGCCAAAGAAGUUGAGCAUCAAGUAGAUUGCGACGCCGAGGACGCCCGGGACGGCAAUGUGGCUCCGACUCCGGCUCCGCAACAAGCUCCGGUUGAUGCACUCAUCGACCAGCUCCGGCUUACACAUGAGCGCACACCAUCACCGUCCCUCGGCCCUGGCUACCUUCGCCAUGAGAUCGAGGGCAUUGGAGGUGUUGUGAAGCGCAAACGUGUUCGCAUGGUGCGUGUUGGUCAUUGUGUCCCUGAGUGGGAUGAUGAGCGCACCAGCGGUAGUCGUAUCCUCGGCCGAGAGGUUAGAGGAGAACGUCGUUCUUGGUGCGGCUGGUGUAACCGUGUGAUCCCUGGUGAAAAGGAUCUCUUGAAUGAGCCACCCUCUUCAUCAUCUUCAAGUGCUGGAGGAAGCCGUCGCACAUCAACGUCGACUACUAGAUCAACUGAGAUGAAGUUGGAUUGA